AUGGGAUGCACUUGCAGCAAUAGGAAGGAGUAAUCUCUAAAAAAGACGAUAAAAUCAACUUAAUCUACAUCAAAUCAACUAUUUCUUCUCGUCGAAACUAAAAUGUACAAAUUCUAUCGACCUCAUCAAAAACUAUAGAAUGUAUACAUAUUCAUUAAGAAUUAAGAUCUCUAAUAGCACAAUUCUAACCAGAAGAAGAAUAAAUAUGGAAAUAAAAGAUCUCGAAUCUUUAGAAACUAAAUGA